UUUUCGAGGAAAUUAUUAGGUACGCAAAAGACAUUUCCAAGCUCGUGUACAACGUUACGACGGUGUAUCCGUGCAAACGAUGUAAAUCGAGAAUAGAGGCGUGAAGUAGCUACUCGUGUUUCCGAUCGAUAAAUCGGCGAGUCGUAGCGAUAAAUAUCUACGAUCGAGACGAUUAGAGGUUGGGAAGAGGCAAUUUAUCCGGGGAAAAAUAGUAAUCGUGGAGACGAGUGGAGAGAUGAUAUCGGGUAGAAACGGCGCGUGGCAGGAGGAUGAGCGCGAGGGGUAUAUCACCUGGAAGCCAUCUCGCUAAGAGACCUUGCGCGCGGUCCUCUCUCAUCGGUGUAUCGCGUGACGAGUUAGUGAUUGACACGUGCGUCGAGCCCACCGCGCAGUCCUAAUCGCCGGCCGCUCGUUCGUCCGUUCGAGUUAAACGGCCAGGCUUUACGACCGUCCCACCAAUCGCAUCGCGUCUUCUAUCGGUUACGCGUGCACGGGAUUACAUUGGAUUUGGGCGAAAGCUCGCUCGCGCAUCACGAGUGCAUCAUGUAUCGACGACGAGUUUGUCGAUCCUUCGUCUCGAUUCUCUCUCUCUCUCUAACUUUCCGUUUAAACGGGGAGAUGGAACACGAACUCGUGUUCGGAAUACGUGAUAAAUCGUAGCUCUCUGCAAAUGGAAGAAAGUCUCGAUCGAGUUUUCGCGAUUUUAGGUCACGUGAAUAAUUACGGAUCAUCUUGUGUUUGGAAAACGCGGUGAUGAGCACGAGGUCGAGGCGGGGAUCGAGAGAGAUAGAGAGGGAAUGGAAAACGAAUUUCGAAGAGGCGAAAUUCUUUGAUUUCCCGUGGCGACGAUCCGAUUCGGGAGAGGCGAUAUCGACGCGUGGGGGAGGGAGGCGAUCGGUGGGGUUCGAAUCGCGUGUUCUAAUUGGUCGACGUCCACUAAGUGUUCGCGGCUAAGUGUCGCGAGUUCGGCACCGUUUCCAACAGUAGCUGCGAGAGCGACGCGACGCGUCACACUUCGGCGGCCGUUCGCUUUCCUUCGCACCACCUUCGCACCACCGCCGCCACCUUCGUGGGGAAAUUCGAUCGAGUUUAUCGAAGACAACGAUUUGAUAGAUCCCUUCGAGCGGCCAGAUGUCCAAGAACGGGAUCCCCGUGGAUCGCAAGUCCGAUCUCAAGAAACCUCCGGAGGUGUUCGAGACCCAAGUUCCCGCGCCAUCCGCAUUGGUGGGGUCGCGUCACAUAGUGACACUGAUGUUGUUCUUCGGUAUGGCGAACGCUUAUGUGAUGAGAACGAAUAUGUCCGUGGCGAUCGUCGCAAUGGUCAAUCACACCUCCAUCACGGAGAGCAAGGAACCUGUGUUGAACGAGUGCAAGCACGAGAACAAUGCGAACAAUGAUUCUUCUUCCUUCAGCUUAGCCAACCAUGACGGAGAGUUUCAUUGGGACAGCACCAUGCAGGGUUACUUGCUCAGCUCGUUCUUCUACGGUUACGUCAUCACGCAAAUACCAUUCGGAAUACUCGCGAAACGUUACGGAUCGAAAUACUUUCUUGGCAUCGGUAUGCUGAUCAAUUCGAUGUUUGGACUGCUGGUCCCUGUGUCCGCACGUGCCGGUUACCAUUGGCUGAUGAUCGUUCGAUUUAUUCAAGGUUUGGGCGAGGGUCCUAUUGUGCCUUGCACACACGCGAUGCUGGCCAAGUGGAUACCGCCUAAUGAACGUAGUAGAAUGGGAGCCUUCGUAUACGCUGGCGCUCAGUUCGGUACUGUUAUUUCAAUGCCUUUGAGCGGUGUCCUGUCACGGCAUGGAUUCGAUGGCGGCUGGCCCUCCAUCUUUUACGUAUUCGGCGCCGUUGGCACCAUCUGGUGUAUAGCAUUUCUACUCAUGAUCUACGAGGACCCGGAAAGCCAUCCUCGUAUAGCCGAAGACGAGAAGAAGUACAUCCUGAGUGCCUUGUGGGGCAACGCCGGGGCCUCUUCUCCACCAGUGCCAUGGUUUUCGAUCGUUACAUCGUUACCGUUCUGGGCCAUCCUUAUAGCGCACAUGGGUCAAAAUUACGGAUACGAAACGUUGAUGACCGAGCUACCGACAUUCAUGAAACAAAUCUUGAACUUCGACAUCGAAUCGAACGGCACCGUUUCCGCCCUUCCUUACCUAGCCAUGUGGAUAUUCUCGAUGUUGAUCUCUCACGUGGCCGACUGGAUGAUCUCCAGCGGAAAAUUCAAUCACACUUUCACGCGAAAAAUCGUGAACAGUAUAGGUCAGUUCGGGCCAGCGAUCGCCCUAGCUGCCGCCUCCUAUACAGGAUGCACUUCCUGGUUGACGGUCACCAUUCUCACGAUCGGCGUAGGGUUAAACGGUGGUAUUUAUUCCGGAUUCAAAGUAAAUCAUUUAGAUAUCUCGCCGAGAUUUGCCGGCAUAUUGAUGUCGUUUACCAAUUGCUUGGCUAACUUGGCCGGUUUAUUGGCCCCUAUCACGGCCGGAUACAUAAUCGUUGGACCGCCAACUCAUGCCAAAUGGAGGCUCGUCUUCAUGAUCUCGGCCGGCGUUUACAUCGCCUGUGCCACGUUUUACGUGAUAUUCGGCUCGGGACAACGGCAACCGUGGGACAAUCCUGACAAGGACGAAGAGAGGCAACACGAGAAACAAGACUUGCGAUGCGUUAAAACUGUUUCCGAAACGCAGCAUUGACGAGAUAGCACGCGCUACGCUAUCUCUU